AUGAUUCCGAAAAUAUUAUUGUUAUUAUUUAAUUUGAUUAUUUAUUGCUUUGCACAGUAUGAAGUUGAUCCAAAUGGUUAUGUUAUGUUUUGUCCUUGCAUGGGUCGAUUUGGUAAUCAAGCAGAACAAUUUCUUGGUGCUAUUUCAUUUACACGAACACUAAAUCGAACACUUGUGCUUCCUCAUUGGAUUGAAUAUCCACCACGAAGUUUUACUUCAAAACAAGUUCCGUUUGAUACAUAUUUUCAAGUUGAACCAUUACAAGAUUAUUUGAAAGUUAUUUUAAUGAAAGAUUUUAUGAUUCAUAUAGCUGAUAGUAUAUGGCCAAAAGGAAAACGAUAUGUAUUCUGUUAUGAUGCUCAAGCAAAAGAAAAUAGUGAUAAGCGAAGUUGCAAUGCAAAAGAUGGCAAUCCAUUUGGGCCAUUUUGGUCACAUUUUGAUAUUGAUUUUGAUGGUGAUGUUUUUUAUCGACCACUUUUUUAUGAUAUUUCGAUUGCGGAUCGUUGGAACGCAAAAUUUCCAUCCAGUGAAUAUCCUGUUCUUGCAUUUAGUGGACCACCGGGAACUGAAGAACGUAAUAUUCCAAUAGCCAAAUAUUUCAUUUAUACGGAGUAUAUUCGAAAACAAGUAGACGAAUUUUUAAGCAAAAAUCAAAUAUCGCCAGAUACAUUAUUGGCUCUACAUAUCAGAAAUGGAAUUGAUUUUGAACGUGCCUGUACCUAUACAACUGAAAAUUCGAAUUUUUUUGCAUCGGCUCAAUGUCUUGGUCAUAAGCUUGAAAAAGGGAUUAAAUUAACAAAUGAAAUUUGUUAUCCAUCCGAAGAUAAUAUUUUAAUACAAACUGAAAACAUGGUUGAAAGAAUAAAACCAACUGUUGUAUACGUUGCUGCUGAUGGAAAUCCUAUGAUUGAUGAAUUUCGAAAACUUCUUGGUAAAAAAUACAAUGUGAAAAUAAUCAAAUAUGAACGACCGGAAAAUCAAAGUCUCGGCGAAGCAGCACAUAUCGAUUUGUAUAUAUUAAGUAUAGCAGAACAUGCCAUCGUGAAUUGCCCAUCGACAUUUUCAGCAUUUGCUAAACGACAACGAGAUAUACGCGAGAAAUCAACUGAUUUCUGGGGUAUUGAGAAUGACAAAUUAACGAAUGAACCGAAAUCUGAUCUUUAG